CUUUAAAAGUCCCGUGAAGCUAUCGGUGUAUAGAUCCACAUCCAUCAUCGUCGCACAGGAACAGGCCACAAAGGGGGAAAAUCUGCACGUUCUCGUGGAGGAGGCACAAAAAAGUGACAAAAUAUAGUGUGAACAGUCGAAUGUUGGUGUUGAUUUUGUGAUAAGGUGCCGCAUUACAGUGAGGGAAGUCGGAAUUACGUAGAAUCCGGUGAGGAAUCGGGAAACCAAGGCUGGAAAAUUGCCACGACCUAGAAAAAAAUUUCCACACCGUCACACAUCCGACGUUUUCUAGUGUACAGGAGGUGGGAAAAAAAGAAAAAAGAGAAGGAAAUCUCUAGAGUGAAGUGGACCUCUUUUCGUGGAACGGAUUCCUCAGUUCGUCGAGUCGGUCGGUCGGUGCCAGAAGAAGAGUCAGCGCGUUUUGUACAGUGCCAGUGCUAUUGCGCUAGUGUGAGGUGCGAGAAUUGGAUCGCAGGGCGAAGAAAGACACCAAAGGGGAAGCCAUUGGGCAGCUGCUACUAGAGCUAGAGUACUGCGCGCCGGGAGGAAAGAAUCGAGGACAGUUAGGUCUACAGUUCGUGGCGCUCCGCUUUUUUUUUAUCUAAUUAUGAGCUAGUUCCCAACGGUCCUCUAUAGUAUUCAGCGUGUGUGAGGGUGCACCAGUGCCAGUCGGUGGAGUAAAGUAUACGUGAAAAUCUUGAGUCAUAGUUUUUCCAAACAUCUCGUGUGGUGGAAAAUCACCACCAGUCAGUGUGGAAAGCAGAAAUAUCUCCUCAAGCCAAUCUCGGAGCAAGUGUUUUCAGGAAAUUUGAUCUCGUGAACGAUGCCUCCAUCUUACUGUUCGGUCGCCGGAUGUACAAACAGCCGAAGCCCUACGUGCAGUCUGUACUGCUUUCCCAAGGAUGAUGCUGUGUGCAAGCAGUGGGUCGAUUUCUGCAACCGGCCCGAACUGUGGAAAAAGUACGACGAAAAUGGCCCCGAGUACCUGUACAAGAGUUCUCGAAUCUGUUCCGAUCACUUUCAACCGAGCGACUUCAACAAUCCCAAUCUCUUCAGUCAAGGGUUGAAAAAAGGUUCGGUGCCGACACUGUAUCCAGCCAGUAAAGAACCAAAGAAUCGCUACAGCAUAGGCGGCAGUGGCAUUAGUGCCAUCAGCGGAAUUGGGUUUGCUGGUGGUGGUGGUAGCGGUAAUAAUUCGCCACCCAACACCAACAACGACAAUGAUUCACUCGUCAUGCCAAUGUCAACGAAGCGACCGCUGCUGUCGCAGCCUUCAGCGCAGCAGCCAGUUGCCAAGCAGCGAAGAUCACUCCCUCCCGCCCUCGGCACCGCCACCAACAACAACCAUGCCGCCGCAGUUAGUGGCGUACUGGCCGGACUGAUCCAGCGGCAGCAGCUGAAAGAACAACAGCGGAAGGCAUUUGCUGCUGCCCUACAGCUCCAGCAACGACACCAACAUCAACAACAACAGGUUCAACCGAAUCCACAGCGAUCGUUGUUGGCCUCGCUAAAGCAAAAACCAAACACAACCACCACCACUACCAAUAAUAACAACAACAACAGCAGCAACAACAACAACAACAACAACCACAUCAGCAGCAACAAUAAUAACAACAAUACCAGCAGCGCCAAACUGGCAGCUGCUACCUUACAGGAAAGGCUCGAGGAUGAACGAGGGUACGGCAUCAACUAUGUGGACAUGGAUGGAGGAGAUUCGUCCGAGUACGAGUCCAGUUACCAGAACGCGGUGGAUGAGGAACUGGCCGCGUACAAGCAGCUGCAGCAGAUGAAGGCCAUCAAAGCGGCGGCCGCUGUAAUUCCGGCAUCGCUCAAAUCGGAACUCACGGUAACACCGGCCGUCAACCACAACAACAAUCACAGCAAGAGUAAUACUUUCAACAAAACCACCAGCAGCAUCAGUGCGAGUCCACCGAGCUCAUCCUCCACCAACGGUACCAUCAACUACAAGGAAAAGUACGAGCAAACAUUGAAGGAGCUGUUUGCUUGCCGUAAGAUUGUCAAGAACCAAAACAAUGCCAUCAAACAGCUUCAGGGCGAGAUAGAUUUCCUCAAUCAACUGCUGAAGGAAAAAUGAUCUCCUUCCGGUUUGGACAGCAGUGGUAGUAGUAAUAGUACUAAUAGUAGCAGGGUGCCAACGGUUUACUCUCGGAUAUUCUAGGAUGUGUGCAUUGUCGUUCGUGUGCUGUUCGGUUGCGAUCUCGCGGAAGAGAAGCAACCACAAUUACGUUUCUCUUUUUUUUUUACUUAGUCUAGAACUGAUACAAGCUUUUAAGUCAUCAGAGGUAGUACAAGGAGGAAGCAAGUCCCUUAAGAUUUAGUUUUUAGCAAUAAUAAUUUAGUUGUACAAUGAUAUUUACCACAACCACUGGGGUAGACAAUUUGUGAACUGUGUUCUACUCUGUUCAGUGCCAGAUGAAAUACCUAGUAUAAUAAAAUGUUGAAACGGAAACCGAAUCCCUUUCGUUUACAUCGUGACUUGCUAGAUUACCAUCACUUUUAUGCUAGUAAUAGUUACCAUAUUAUUGCUUGUGUUUUACAAAGCUUUUCUUUCAGAACGAAUCUAUUUAUUUCUGCAUGCAAACAUUCCAACAGUGAGCCAAAUUUCAUUGCAUAACACUUACAAUAACGUGUAAUAAGAAAAUUUCGUACUGUUAAGUUGUAAAAAAAAAAAGAAUGCAAAGGAAUGCCAGUAGUACUGUCGAGCAGGAUGCAAAUUAGCAUUAUCGAAGAAAAGAAUAUUAUUUACUAUAAAGGAGAAUAUUGGAACUUCAUUGCACGGAAUGCAAAACAAAUAUUUAAAUGCAUUAACUAUUAUCGAAACAAGUAUUGGAACUACCCUAUUCUGGUUUAGUCCCAAGUAACCAGCUAUACGAGAACACAAAACAGGAGAAUAAUGCGCCUUUCAAAUAUGAGUGUAGUCUGAAUAAACUAAUCAAAUAACAAAACAAAAAGAAAGAAAAUUACGUUUAUACAAAACUCUAACCAAGGAAGCGGUUUCGAAAAAACACAAAAUACGAAAGAAAACAAAUUUAAUAAGCUGUAGGUAGUAGUUAGAUUCCUUACGAGUUAGUACACCUACUAUACAUGUAUUUUGGGAGAGAAAGAGUGCAUAGAGUUAGUGCGAUUUUUUUUUCUCCUUAGUCAUAGAAAUGAAAACAAAUAUCCGACUGUAGUAGUUAUUUGAUUGAAUUACACUGACACAGACACAAAACAAAACAAAAACAAAUAUUGAUGAUAGCGUAUUCUAUACACAUAUAUUUUAUGGGAGAAACCAAAAGAAACAAAAAUGCCAGCAUUAGUUUAGGAUGGAAUUACAACAAAACCGAAGUGAAGCAAAGAAAGUGGAAAGGAAACGGUUGUGUUGCUGAAUUUGUGAAGUAUAUAGCAUCUAGGUAGGACAAAUCGCAACACAACCUGGAACAAAACCAAAUUGAACAAUAGAAGAGAACAUAAGGACAGUUGCUUUCUGUUGUUAAUAAAUAUGAUCGGGAAGAUAGAUUCUAAACAUGUAAAA